CUGGGUGCCCUCCUGCCCCCCUGCCCCCACCCUGAGUGGGGCUGCCCACAGAUUUAGUGGGUCCAAGGAAAGGAAGCCAGGAAGGUGGGAGGGCAGCUGCCCAGGCAGUCGCUUUAGCAGCAGGAGGGCCCAGGAGGUUCAUGGGAUCCCUUAUAAAGAGCGUGCUCUGAGUGACACACGCACCACACACGCAGAGGCUCCUCUGCCUUCUUUCCUGCACACUGACUGCUGCAGCUGCCUCCGGAUUCGCCCUCCCUUUGCAGCCGCCGGAGGAGGCGGCUGGCUCUUUUUGCAGCUGAACUGGGGGGCUCUUGGGCAGAAGGAAGGCCAGCAGCCGGCUGGCUGCAUCGUCUCCUGCUCCCGGACGAGGGAAUGCGCCAUGGAGCCCACUGGACCCGGAUGCCCGGAAAGCAGAGGGCAGCCAAAGCAAGCAAGUUUGGAGGAUGCCAAGGCCUUUUAUGAGAACCUCUCUCCCAAAAAGAAGCCCAAAUCACCAAAGCCACAGCACGCCAUCACCAUUGCUGUGUCCUCCCGAGCCCUGUUCCGUAUGGAAGAAGAGCAGAAGAUUUACACCGAGCAGGGCGUGGAGGCCUACGUGAAGUAUCAGCUGGAGCACGAGGAGGAGCCCUUCCUGCCCGGAGGAGCCUUCCCUUUUGUCAAGGCUCUGGAAUCAGUCAACUGCCGGCUGCGGGAACUCUUCCCAGACAGCGAGGAACUCUUUGACAUUGUCCUCGUGACCAACAACCACGCACAAGUGGGCGUUCGCUUGAUCAACAGCAUCAACCAUUACAAUCUCUUCAUUGAGAGGUUUUGUAUGACAGGCGGGAAUAGCCCCAUUUGCUACUUGAAGGCCUAUCACACCGACCUCUAUUUAUCCUCGGACUGUGAGAAAGUGAGUGAGGCCAUAGAAGAGGGGAUUGCAGCUGCCACUAUUUUCACCCCCAAGAAAGAUGUGCAAGUCUCGGAGAAGCAGCUUCGUGUCGCCUUUGACGGAGACGCGGUGCUGUUUUCAGACGAGUCGGAGCAGAUUGUGAAGGCUCAUGGCCUGGACAAGUUCUUCGAGCACGAGAAGGCCUAUGAGAACAAGCCUCUUGCUCAGGGGCCACUGAAGGGCUUCCUGGAAGCGCUGGGGAAGCUCCAGAAGAAGUUCUACACCAAAGGCCUCCGCCUGGAAUGCCCCAUCCGCACCUACCUGGUCACAGCUCGAAGUGCUGCCAGUUCCGGGGCCCGAGCCCUAAAGACUCUCCGGAGUUGGGGGCUGGAAACGGACGAGGCCCUCUUCCUGGCCGGCGCACCCAAAGGCCCCCUGCUGGAGAAGAUCCGGCCACACAUCUUCUUUGAUGACCAGAUGUUUCAUGUGGAGGGAGCCAAGGAAAUGGGCACGGUUGCCGCCCACGUUCCUUAUGGGGUGGCCCAGAAGUACAAGCUCUCAGGACAAAGACAGGCAGCUCAGGACGGCAAGUAGUGCCCAGGGCUGGGCUGGGCUGGGCCAGCGCUCGGUGGAGAACGAAGUCUCGCUUGGUGAGUGCCAACUUCUAGGAUGACCAGAACCAAAAGUAUUGGGACGGUCCAUGAAGGAUCUGCUGCCGCCUGUACAGGUGGCACUUUAUGCUCCUCCCCCACCGGCACCGUAGUGUGGCCCACCCCCUCCUGCAGGGCCCUCAGAGCAUCUCCAGGGGCCCCUCCCUAAGCAAGAGUGCCUCCGGACCGAGAGAGCUUUCUCUUCCUCCAGCAGGGGAUCCUCUGGCAUCUGGGGACACUUUCCUGUGACCCGUGCGUCCCCGGUGAACUGGACAUAGGUCACCCUCUCUCAGGUGCAGCACGCAGCCAUUGUGGGCGGGGCUCCUGGAAGCCUUGUCAAAAGUCCCGCUUGCAACGUUUGCUGGUUUGCAAAAAGGCCCUUGGUCGCUGGUUACAGGGCAGAGACCAGCUUGACCAGCUGAGGGGAGCCUGCUGUGGAAGAGGGGAGCCAGCAGAGGCAAACACACACACACACACACACACCCCUCGUUUGAGGGAAAUCCUCCCCCCCCCAUCACUUCUGGCCACAGCAGCCUAUUCAUUGCUCUCCCCUCCGAAGGGCCACUGCCAGGAAAGGAAUUCUGAGGGGCGUCUAAGUAUAUUCAUAGCCACAGAAGCUGCCUUCUUGUGCCAAGCACAUGUCAUGUGGCAUUUUCUGGGCACCCAUUCAGGAUGCAAUCUUUCCUGUGAGCCAGGCAGGAGCAAAAGUGGAGCAAGUGCCCUUUGGCUUUGAGCUUGAAUGCCAAAAUGGGGAAAAGUCCUCCUCCCUGCAAGAGUCACAGAGUGUUCCUUCCCCAAGCAAGAAGGGCUGCCUUUACAGCCCUGGUCACCCUUUGGUGGAAGAGCAUGCAAAGCGUUUCACCCUUUUCCUUCCCUUCCCUUUGGGAAGGGAGGCUGCAGGCUGUAGCCAGAAGCAGACGCCACAGCCCAAAUCCCAACUCCACGUGGAAACUCUGAACAAACGAUUCGCUCUAAACAGACUAAGCAUCAAGCGUGGAAGCCGUUGCCUCCCUCCAAGAGUCUCUGAGAGCUUUUCAUCCAGAGCACCAGACCAGAAUAGAAUCAAAGGCUCCUGGGGUUGGAAGGGACCUUGGAGGUCUUCUAGCUCAACCCCCUGCCCGAGGCAGGAGUCCUCAGUGAAGGUUCUUCUUUCACUUUCAACAUUAUUCUUGGGGGGAGAAACGGUUUCCCCAUGGAACUCACUGCCUCAGGAGUGCCUUCUCUCCUUUUGCAGAAAGUAUUUUGCUGCCAAUUUUUGCUGCUUCUGCAUUUUCAUGAUUGUGAGUGAAACACCUUCACACCUGCCUGAUGGAAGUUUGUCUGUAGUAAACCUCCUAU